UCUGAAACCGGUAACCUACAGAAACUCGUUCUAUCCCUGUACACACAUACUAUCGCAGUGCCAGCUAACUGAGAGCCAGUGAGAGAGAAGGUGAACCACAGUAAAGCACUAACUUUUGGAACCUUGUCCAGAACACAGUUAGAAAACGGUACCCGGCAAGAUGGCCAAUGCUAAUAACGAUGUGAUGUUGGCAUAUCAAUAUGUUAUGACCAAUGAAUAUGGACUGCAGCUUAAUCAACCAGUAACACAACUGAAGAAACUUGACGAAAGGAACCAGAUUCAAAUACUCACCAUUGGCAAGGAGAAUACGAAACCAACUAAAGCUUUCCUGUUGGUUGGCCAAACAGGAGCUGGUAAGACCAGGUUGUUGAAUGCGAUGAUAAACUACAUUAUGAAAGUCAAGUUUAAAGGCAAUUUUAGAUACACUGUAAAGGACGAGAUUGGCACCAUGCCGAAAAGCAAGACUGAAAGCCAGACAGAGUUUGUAACUGGUUAUCUCAUAUAUCAGCAACCUGGGAUGGCAGUCGAUUGCAACUACCUAAUCAUUGACACUCCUGGGCUAGGGGACACAAGGGGGAGGGAACAGCAGCAUAAGAUAAAGAAACAAAUUGAAGUUUUCUUAUCAGACGAGACAUUUGACAUCAGUGAACUUCAUUGCCUCGGUUUUGUUGUCAAUGGAACAAUCAAUAGGUCCCAUGCCUACUUAAAGGAAAUUGUUAUGGAGUUCGAGUCGCUGUUUGGAAAAGACACUGUUAAAAUCACAAAAAUUCUGGCAACACACACUGACGAUGAUACACCAGCAGUCAGCAAAGUCUUAGUGGAUAUGAAUAUCAAAUCAGAUAAACUGUAUACCUUUGAUAAUGGCGUUCUGUAUUGUAGUAACCAAGGGAAAAAUGCAAAACUUAACCAAUGUCGAUGGGAAAAUCUUGAAGGAAAAUAUGAAGAAUUUUUCGAAGACAUGCUGGUUGCUAAACCUGGCAGUCUGAGGCUGUGCAAAGAAGCCAUUAAAGAGAAGAUGAAUCUUGAGAGAUCAUUGCUGAUGUUGGAAAGGCACAUAGACAAUAAAGUGAAGGCUCUGUUGCAAUGUCGGAACAAGCGAAAACUGUAUGAGGAAUACUACACUGCCAUGAGAUGCAAUGAGGAAUUUGAAGGUGAAGAAACAGUCAUUGUGAAAGAGAGAUUUCCCAUCAACGGGCGUUUCACUCAUGCUCAUAACUGCCCCAAUUGUAAGCAGACAUGUGUAUACCCUUGCACUGUUUGGAGUUCUGCAUUCUGUAGUUGCCCCAGUGGAGAAGAAGCAUGUGACUUUUGUCCUUGCAGCAAGAAUGACCACGAGAGAGAAGACGAAACAAUCGAAAGCAGACAAGAAAAAAAACAUGUCACAAACGAAGAGAUGAAACACAAAUAUGAACAGGCAAAAUCAGAGAUGCAGAAUAUGGAGGAACUUAUGGAAACACUACAAGAAGAAACUGACCACCACUCCACGCAAAUGGCUGUUUACAUCAAGACAGUUGUGAGCCACAUUGAACGAAUCAAUGAGAUUGCACGGAAUCCAAAUCGCAGGGCUACUGAAGACUAUAUUAGUGAGCUCAUUGCCAAUAUAAAAGAGACGAUGGUAAGGGGUACCUCAGAUGCUUCAGAUCGAGAGUACAUAACAGAGAUUUUGAAUGCACUUCCAGAGCAAAUAGACCAAAUAGUACUCGAGGUAACAAACAAGAAAACAAGUAUAGGUGAUCGGUUCAAAGCCAUGACUUCUUAUGCUAAACAUAAUCUAAACCCAUUUGGAAGACGUGGACAGUAAAAUAGAAAAAAGGAAACGGCAUAUAGAAGAGGUUUCCACCUUUGCAUUAUUCCUUGGUCAUUUUCAGAGUUGUCAAGUUCUUAUUUUAUGAAUUGGAUCAUAUCAGUAUUUCAACGAGAGAAAAUUGUGUAGGAUUUUUAUAGAGCUUUCUUGUUACUUUUUCUCUCUCUUUUUUCUCUAAAGUACUCUACAGGUUGGAAUCGACAAGGUUAAGGGAGAUUCUUCAUUAUGAAUAGUAUGUAUGACUCGAAAUCUAAAUGCACUAAACAAUCCAGACAAGUUGUAGCUGUUGCAGAAAUAAAUGCAUUAUUUGAA